ACUGAUUGUUAAACAUUUUAGUUGUUGUUGACGAAAGACCAAGCACAAGCACUUGUCAUGUCCUUAUUUGCAAUGAGUUCUAGCUUUGCUACCCCCCCAAUCUGAACUAGAUAAACCACUUGAUAAGUAUUUUAUUACAAUGCUGUGCUUUUUAUUGUCUUUCCUCUCCUUUCUCAUCGUCCUUUCCAAGUCAUUAACCGGCAAGCCAAUUGGGUUUUGGGAGAGCUUAUCAAGUUCACUAAGUUCCCAGCACCGGAAAAGCGAGGUAGCUUUUAGUUUUAGUGAGGUUCCUCCAACUAUGUCAGUGAACAAGGACAAUUUAGUGCCUAAAGUGGGGAGUGGAGAAGAGGCAUGCAAAUUUUCUCCGUUGGAUUUGCCUGAUUUGGCAUUGGAUUGCGUCCUUGAGAAACUUUCCCCAGCUGAUUUAUGCAAUAUGGCAUCAGUGUGCCCAUCUCUUAGGGAGAGAUGUCGAAGUGACUAUUUAUGGGAGAAACACAUAGAGCGUAAGUGGGGUAAAGUUAUCGGUGCCUCUGCUUAUAGGCAAUGGAGAUGGUAUGUGGCUUCCCGAAACAGAGAAAAAAUCUUCCACAGACGCAAUCAAAAAGGAAUAUUUGCUUCCCUUCAAAGUUUUAGUCCCUUUCAAUGGAUUAAAACCAAAUCAGGAAACGGCAGGCAAUCUGGCAGGAGCGUGUUACCAGACGAUUCAUUCAUGGCUUUGUAUCUUUCUCUUGAGAACGGGAAGUUUUGGUUCCCAGCCCAAGUCUAUAACCGAGAGAAUGGUCAUGCUGGUUUCAUGCUCUCGUGUUAUGAUGCCCAACUAUGCUAUGAUUCUCGAACUGACACCUUUCAGGCAAGGUACUUACCUCAUGCGCGAUGGUCAAUGGAGGAAAAUAUACACUGGGACAGGCUGAGAAUGCCGCCCAUUGACAUUUCCUCUCAUGUUCUUUAUACCUCUGACCGUUUGGAUGACUUAAAACCAGGAGAUCACAUUGAGAUCCAGUGGAGAAGAAACAAAGAUUAUCCUUAUGGUUGGUGGUAUGGCGUCGUUGGUCACUUGGAAUCAUGCCAGGGACAUGUGAAUCAUUGCCACUGUCACUUUAGUGACAUGGUGGUUUUGGAGUUCAAGCAGUAUGCAUUAGGAUGCAGAUGGAGACAAGCAGUGAUAGACAGGAAGCACCACAGAGAGGAAGGGGAUGAAGUAGAUGGAUUUUACGGCGGAAUCAGGAAGCUGUACGGUGAGGAAGAGAUCAGGAUGUGGACGAGCCUCUGGCCUGACAAACUUGUAGAAUAAUGGUAAUAAUAACGGCAUUAUAUUUAUCUGUACACUUAUGGCUUGCAAAUCUGGAAAUCAAUGAAUAAAUCCCUUGCAUGAGUAAUGAAACAUAUUAGGGGUAUGAUCUUCUGUAGCAUGAAAGAUAAGUCAUGUUUUAGUUGCCUGUAUUUUUAAGAGAUUAGGUGUGAUCAAUUAUUAUAUUUCUUUGUUAUUUUUAAAAA